AUGAAGGAAAACGCGCCCCGAUACACCGAGGAGGAGUAUGACCGCCGCCGAGAUGACCCGGACAUCGAGAUUCUCCCCGGCACCGAGAUCAUGACGGACGCCGCAAAGGGGGGCGACGACCAAGCAUCCUCCGUCCUGGUCCCCCAGCCGUCCAACUCGCUCGACGAUCCGCUCAACUGGUCUCCCUUCUGGAAAGCGUCGGCCAUUAUCGCCACCUCGUCCCUGACCUUUACGCAGGGCUUUGCCUCGCUGGCCCUGGCACCCAUGUUUCCCUUUCUCAUGGAAGAGUUCAACCGCUCGUUGGCCGACGUCAUCAAGUUCACGGGCGUCAUUAUUUUGAUUCUGGGCUUUAGCAACUUUUUCUGGCAAGCAGCACCGUCUCCGCGGGACACGACAGGUGGGCUAAUGCGAAGCGUCCUCAACGGUUUCGGCGCCGGCCCAGCCGAGACGAUCCAGCCCACCGUCACGGCCGACCUGUUCUUCCUCAAGGACCGCGGCAAGUGGAACACCCUGUACUGGGUCAUCUACAUGGGUUCCCUCAUGAUUGCGCCCGUCGUGUCCGGCUCCAUGGCCCAGCACACCGGCUGGCCCAGCUUCUUCUGGCUGUGCUCGGGAAUGACGGUGCUCUCGCUCGCCAUGAUCGUCUUCGGCUUCCCCGAGACCAUCUGGCACCGGGGCAGGACGGCGGCCGGCCACCACGCCAAGGGCGACUGGGCCAAGGCGUCGGACGUGCAGCUCGAGGACAUCACGCGCAGCCCGACGACGGGGCCCAGCCCGCCGCCGCAGUCGCUCGUCGGCAGCGGCAAGCCGACCCGCGGCCAGUGGAAGGCCUUCCAGACGACGCCCGUGACCUGGCGGCUCAUCUGGACCGAGCUCUGGACGCCCUGGCGCCUGUUCGCCUUCCCCAUCGUCCUGUUCGCCUCCUUCGCCGUCAGCUGGAGCUGCAGCGGCCUGCUCAUCAUCAACCUGACGCAGUCGCAGGUCUUUGCGGCGCCGCCGUACAACUGGACCGCCGAGCAGGUCGGGCUGACCAACCUGCCGCUGUUUGUCGGCACCUUCAUCGGCCUCUUCACCGCGGGGCCCUUUAGCGACUGGGUGUGCGCGAGGGCGACGGCGCGCAACGGCGGCGUGCGCGAGCCCGAGAUGCGUCUGCCCGCCAUGAUUCCCUACGUCGUGCUCAUGAUGCUGGGGCAUAUCCUGCCCGCCGUGGGGUACCAGCAGAAGUGGCCGUGGCAGCCUAUCGUUAUCCUUGGGUACACGUGUACCGGCAUCCAAGUGGCGGCCCUUCCGGCGAUUGUGAGCACCUACGCUGUGGAUAGCUAUAAGCCGGUGGCGGGAGCGCUAUUUGUGGCUAUUACGGUGAAUAAGAAUGUCUGGGGAUAUGGCAUGGCUGAAUUUGUUACGGGGUGGAGCGAACAGUCGGGAUUUAUUCCCGUCUUCAUGUUGAACAUGGGCUUGACGCUGUUGUUUUGCGGAGUAGGAAUCGUGUUUUACUAUCACGGCAAGACGUUUAGAAGAUGGACCAAGAACAGCACUGUUCACAGAGAAUGA